GUGGUGACUCUUGGAUUUGUAGCGAUUGUAACUGUGUGUGUACUAAUUUUCCAAAAGGAAGUCAAGGGUUUUGUAUAGUACAAUACGAUCAGUCUCUCAAAUUAAAUAAGACAUAAACGCAACAAUCCAACACCACCCAACAUAUUUCCAGCUGCAGCUACCAGAGAGCUAGCCAAUCAUGGAUGGUAUGGAUGGUAUGUUUGAUCAUCAACAUGGCAAGCCACCAGGCCAAAGCGUUAUGAUGCACAUGACCUUCUUUUGGGGCAAAAAUUCCGAGAUUCUCUUCUCGGGUUGGCCCGGAACGAGCUCAGGGAUGUAUGCUUUAGCCUUGAUCUUUGUUUUUGUUCUGGCCUUCCUCGUUGAGUUGUUCUCUCAUUCCAAAUCGAUCAGAUCUGAAUCCAACCAUGCAGUCGCCGUAUUGAUUCGGACUUUCUUGCAUGCUAUAAGGGUUGGUCUCGCUUACUUGGUGAUGCUGGCUGUCAUGUCCUUCAAUGGCGGCGUGUUCUUGGCUGCUGUGGCUGGACAUGCCUUGGGGUUCUUCCUUUUUGGCAGUCGGGUUUCCAACAAAUCAACACCUCCUCCACCCCCAGUGAAAACCGCUGAUCCUUCGAGCAUGAGUUGUUGAUAAUAUAUGCCUGUAUGUGUUUGUGUGCGUGCUUAUUCUCUUGAAUUUGGAUUUCUUGUACUUUUUCUUCCAGUUUUUCUUUGUAUUUUCUUUGCAAAUUCAACAUGAAAUGGUAUUAUUACA